UGUGCGACCUCCUCUCCCAGGUUGCUAGGUGGCGACAGUCGAACGUGAGACGCGGGUUUAUUUCCCCCCUCCGGUCACAUUUUGUAGCCGCUCGCAACAGGAACGCGAGGAUGGCGGAUCCCAGAACAAGGCAGAUCAAAAUCAAGACCGGCGUGGUGAAGCGGCUGGCAAAGGAAAAGCUUAUGUAUGAAAAAGAGGCCAAACAGCAGGAAGAAAAAGUUGAGAGAAUGAAAGUCGAGGGGAAUGAUCAAUAUAUGGUUAAAAAGCAGAUGGAAGUUUUGCAAGAAUCACGGAUGAUGAUUCCAGAUUGUCAACGUCGGUUGGCAACCGCCCACAGUGACCUUGCACAACUAUUGGAAAGCGAGAAAGAUUUGGAAGAAACUGAGGAAUACAAGGAAGCCCAGGCCACAAUAGGAUCAAUUAAAUUAGAAGCAUAGAACCUAUUAUCAAUGAUCUCUUUUGUUAUUAAUAUUUACAGUGUCCAUUCCAUUUUCCCUAUUCAUUUCUGUUUUAGGCAUUAUGAUCCUGUUAUUAUUAAGCUUGGGCUUUAUGUAUCAAUCCUGUGUGAUCCGGGUCGUCCUCCAUUGGACAACAGACUAAUUUUGUUCCACAUCAUGGUGAAAUAAUGAAACAUUAAAUAAAUGUACAUGCUGACAAUAA